AUGUUUGGCCAACGUACCCACAUCGACUCCUGUGACUCGCCAUUGCUCGAUGCGCCAGUUCCAGGACCACCCGUUGAUUUGUUGAGCCCAGUUCAUUCCGCUAGUGCAGCUUCUAGUUCACUUUGGCGAUGCAUGGCCUGUAAUCAUCACAAAUUCGAGUGGCGACAUGACUGUUGGAGAUGUGUCCAAUGUGAUGGUGAUAGAUACUAUGAUGCUUCUAGAACUGUGAAAGCAGAGAUUCCUGAGGGUACAUGGAUGUUCAUGCCACGGCAUUCACCUGGCCAUUCCCCUGUUCACUCAGUUGAGUCCGUGGAACUGCAGCCGGAUUCUAGGGCACCCUGUUUUUGGCCUCCACCUGACCCUUCAGAAGGCUCAUUGGAUGAUGAUGGCCAUGAAAGGCAUGCUGAGUCUGAGCAUCCUACGGAAGAUCCUGUGGUUGAUCCAGAUUUGCAGCGGCCUCGCAGGAGAAGACGCCGGAAAAGACCUGAUGUAGAACAAUCACCUCAGUCAGAUCGCAGUUCUCAGUGUUCGGAACUAAGUCAGCGUUCCGGUGAACUCCUUGGUGACCUCAACCGCAGUUUGAAUGACUUGGUAACGACCCUGAAGAAUGCGAAUGUACCGAACCUAAAGACUAACACUAACAAUGCAGAUGGAUCCUCGUCUCAGGACAGCUGGAACAGUCGAAAAGGGCCUGAGCGUGGACUUCGUUUUCGAUCAGGAGCACCACCAGCUCCACCUGCAUGGCGCUAUUCCAGAGAUGAUAUCAGGAGCUUUGCAAAGUGGCAGAACAAACUGCAGGUUUGGAAGCGACAGAUCCAAGCCUACAUGCCUCUGCGUGAUGCGGCGCUGAUGUUAUAUACGAGUCUUUCUGGUGAGCCGGAGGAGGAGCUGGAGCACAUUGACUUGGAUCGUUUGCAUUCAUCUACAGGCAUUGACUAUGUGGAGAGUUUGUUGAAGAAAGGCCUGGAGACCAAGAUGGUGUACCAGAAAAGGAAGUUGAUGUCAGAGUUUGAGACCAUUGUGAGACAGAGCAAUGAGUCUAUGAGAGCUUUUGUGAACCGAUACAGAAGAGCUGAACGAGCCCUUGAGAGUGUCGGUGUCACUGCAAGUGGCAUGUACGACAGUGAGUCAAUGGGCAAUAGGCUGUUAGAGAGAUCUCGGCUGUCGCCUGAAAACGGCAGAUUGGUUUUGAUUGGAUCGGCCUUCAACUUGUCCUUCGAAGCCAUUGCUGAAAGUCUUUGCAUGUCGUUUCCAGAGCACAAGCCGCCGCCACCUUUAUUUGGAAAAGAUGGACAGCCUAUCAAAGCCUUUCAGUCAAGGCGUGACUGGUCAUCUUCAUCUUCUUCGACCUCUGCCAGCACCAGCUCAGCUGCCUCACAGUCUUCCAAAGGAAACAAGGGCAAAAGCAAGGGCUCUGGCAAGAGUGGUUUUGCUCCUCGCCAUGCUUUUGCGACUGAGCACCAGGAUCUUGAUCCGGUCGAAGAAGAACAAGAAGAGCCAGACGCUGAAUCGUACUAUGAUGUUCAAGAUGCAGUUGAACCAGAUGGUCAGCCUCAGCAGGAUGAGCCAGCUGAGGAACAUGAUGUUGAUGGAGAAGCAGAAUCUGAAGGUGUUGAUUUGCAGUCAGUUGCUGAAGUGCUGACUGUCACAGCCAAGAAACUUCAGUCGAUCACUUUGGGGAGAAAGUACUCUGGCAAUCGGUCAAUUCAGGACCGGAAACGCACCAGCCACUGCAGCGCUUGUGGAAGUGUAGGGCACUGGGCCGGAGAUGCAGAAUGUACUGUUUCAUCAAAAGGUGCUGGGAAAGGACAUUCAAAGGAUGGAAAAUCCCAGCCUGACAAGGGCGGCAAGCCUGCGAAAAAGGUUUUCUUCACCAUGUCUCAAGAUCAAGAUUCUGAGCCUCGACAUCUCCCAACUGAUCAUCCUGAAGUUCCUAACUAUUUCUCCUUCAUGGUUGUGAAUAUCAACACUCCGGUAUAUGACAUCAUGAUGACCGAUAUGACCCCACUGGUUGGUUUUAUGAUUUUAGACACUGCAUGUCAGCGUAUGUGUUGUGGCACCCAAUGGCUAUCCCAACAAGUCCAUCUCCUCGGCCAACAUCGAAUGAUGGUCAAGCAUGUUGACACCUGUGAGGCUUUCCAAUUUGGUCGUGGGCAGCCUAUCUAUGCCAAGGACCGAGUUUACAUGCCGGUGUCAUUGGGUGGAUGUUUGUUUUUGAUAGGUUCCAGCGUGGUUGACACUAGCAUUCCUUUGUUGGCUUCAAACACGUUUUUGGAACAGCUGGACACAGUGGUUGAUCUGGGAAAGCAGAGAGUUUUUUUUAGAGCGUUGGAUGUUUCAGUGCCGAUUCAGAAGAUCAAUGGACAUCUUGCAGUUUCAAUUUCAGAGUUUCAUGAACAUGUUCAUCAAGAUCCUGUUUGGCAUGCGCUUUCACAUGAGAGUUUUUGGAAAGAUCCACAUCCAGAGAUCAUUGCCACCAGUGACGUUUUGCAUCUGAAGCAGCAACUUCCUCGAGAUCAGCCAGCCCCUGUGUUUGCAGUUUCUGAUGAUUCGACAGCCCGUUCCUCAAUGGCUGCUCCGAUGGAAGGCACUCCUUUUGGCAGUGCUCAACUUGGAGCUCAUGACCCUUCGAUGGAUGUCUCGAAUGGUCAAAGUGGGAUUGGCGAGCCGCGUAUGGUUGACACUGAGGGAGCGAUGGGAGAUGCGACAAGAACAAGAGGUACUGGCUUCACAGAUGAGGAGCGCUCAGUACCACCCAUCGGAAUGCACCCAUCCGGAAUGGAAGAGGUACGGCAAUCCCAAGGGCAGUUUCGCCAGGUGCACCCUGUGUCACACCAGACGCAAAUGGGAUCCUCGAAAUCAAUGCUGGGAGGACAUUGGGCUCGCACAAUCGGCAAGCUCUUCUUUGCCGCAGCCCUCACCUUCAAACACUUUGCCGGCAUCCUCGACGUCGAGGAGAUUCCUCAACAUGUUCUGGACAACCUCAACCUGCUCACGGCCGAGAACAUCCAUCAGAUCCACCAGGUUCAUUAUCAACGACUUUUGAACAUGGCCGCAGAGGGCCCAGAGUUGGAGAUGGAGUGGCAGGAGACAGGCAGUCAGGAAGAUCUGUACGACUGGGGCGAGGCUCGACAUGCCUUGCAGGUGGAAGCAGAUACUUAUGAAGCUCUGGCGAACAAACAUCGCUAUUCCAGGAACAAGGUCGACAUUCUGGAGACCUUUGCCGGCAAUGCUUUGGUAAGCAAGAAUGCCUCCAAGUAUGUUUUGACAGCAGCCAUGCCAUUGGACUAUAACACUGGCACUGAUCUUUCUACGGUGGAAGGUCAACACUGGUGCUUCAAAAUUCGAAAGGCCUUGCACCCACUUGUUCUUCUUCAAGGCCUUCAUUGCACUCCAUGGUUGGUCAUGCAGGAAAACAUGAACUAUAACGACCGUCCUGAGGUACUUGAAAGGAUCAGAGAUGAGGAACGACCUACGGUGGUCAAAUCCAUGGAAUGGUGCCGACAACAACAUGAUGACGGCAACUAUUACCUCAUCGAAAAUCCUGAAAGAAGCCGGAUUUGGUCGGAGGAAUCAGUCUUGGAGAUGCUUGAAUAUACCAAUGGCCAGAUCGUCAAAUGCCAUUCUGGAGCAUAUGGAGGCAAGAAUUCAAAAGGUGAACCCAUCAAGAAGACCUUCCAGUUUGCAUCCAACAAUCCCAUGCUCUUGGAGUUUUUGACCAAGAAGUUGAGCGCCGAGCAGCUUGCUUUGUGCGUUCCCCUGGAAGGCAAAGAGGUUACCUUGUCACAACAUUAUCCCAUGGGUCUAGUCCAGGCAAUUCUCAAGGGCAUCAAGAAGGUGGCUCAGUUGAGAAACCCAUGCCGUUUUCAGCCCAAGCAAGUCCUGGCUAGUUUUUCCACGCCCGUGGAUGACCAACAGAGCUGGAGGAACGUGAUGGAGUUGGCAUCUCAGCAUAUGGACUUUUUGACUUCGCGAGAUGCCAUCAUCCAACCUCACGAACCACUAUAUGCUCAAGUUCAAGCAAUGCUUCCAUGGCAGCUCACUCGGGUGCAGGUCGCUCGAAGACCUUUGGUGAAUCGACAUCCAUUGCAUUUUCCAUACACCCAUCGAGGCGCAGCUCUCAGGUACGUGGACAAUCCUGAAGUUGAUGUCAUCACUGAGGACUUGACUGAACUCAGAUUCCCACGUUCACGCUUCAAGGCACCUGUUGAGUUGGGCAUCUUCUGGUAUGGGUACCCCAAUGAGAUUGAUGAGGAACAAGGUAUCCCAGCCGAAGAGGCCAUGAUGCGAGAUGGAGUUCCUGUGGAUGAGGCAGGCAACUUUCAGCCAUCUCAAGCUUCACAACCAAUUCAGAACUCCGAGAUUUACCAUGAUGAAAUCACUUUUCCCAACUCCACAGGCAUCGACAGAUCCAUCAAGGUGUCGGUGUCGAGAAUGCACAAGAACCUUGGACAUCUUCCAGGUCCAGAGAUGCUGAAGCUGCUGGCUUUGAAUGGCAUCACCAGCGACCAGGUGAUCAAAUGCAUCAAAAAUAUGCAAUGUGCAGCUUGCGCUCGCUCGCGAGCUCCACUUCGACCAAACCCAGCAGCGGCACCUCCACAGUGCAUUGGGCAAUUUGCUGACAACCUCCAGGCGGACAUCUUCUACCUGAGGGAUUUGACUUCCAAGAACCAUCCGGUUCUUGGGGUGAUUUGCGAAGCAACUCAUUUGCAUGCUGCCACAAGGUUGACUUCCAGGAAUCCAUCUGAGGUUUUUGAUGCACUUCGACUUUGCUGGCUUCAGAAUUUUGGAUUUCCUUUGAGGCUUGCAGUUGAUGAUGAUGGCGCCUUCAAAGCUGAGUUUGACGAAAAGAUGAGCGCAGGUGGCACCUAUCUAGAUGUCAUCCCAGGAGAAGCUCACUACAAGCUGGGCGUGAUCGAGCGUCACAAUGGAACGCUUAGAAUGCUCCUGGAGCGCAUCGUGGACUCCAUGCCUUGCACCGAUGCGGAUGACAUUGACUUGGCCAUUGUUUCAGCACUUCAGGCCAAGAACUCAGCUCAGCAGCAAUCUGCCCUGAUGAGAUGCGAAGCGUUGAAAGCAAUUGCAGAGGCCUCAGCAUCUUCGACUUUGAGAAGGGCAUUGCUUCGCAAAACUUCACAGCAGCUGCAGCUUGAGCCCCAGCCAGGAUCCCUCUUGGCAUACUGGCAAUGGACUACACGUUCUCAUCGCAAACGUGGAGGAUACCGCAUUGCGCGGUAUUUGGGAAAAGAUCCAGAUGGCAAAACUCUGUGGCUUCAAAGUGGCAGUCAUACUGUCAAAGUUGCUGACACCCAAGUUCGAGAUGUCUUCGGCUAUGAGGACUAUGUCCCUGAUCGUCAAGAUCUUCAAGCUCUCAAGAAUGCGGAGGACAACAUCAGGUCAGAUUUGUGGACUGACGAGACCCUUCCAGAAGAAGUUCAUCCACCUGACCAAGUCGCUGAAGCUUCUGGGGAAUUGGACUUGGACUUUGAGUACCCAGAAGUGAAUGCGCCAAUUGCUCCUCAGCUUGAAGCAGUCGAAGCCCCAUCUACGUCCAAUCUUCAAGUCAGCAACCAGCCUAUUGAGAUUCAACCUCCACAACCACCACAGUCCUACGAGCUCUACAACUACCGCAGCUUCUAUGGGCCACCUCUUCAAGGCUUACGCUGCUGGGCAAGGCUUGAUUUGCUCACCAAAUCGCCCAAGAAGACAAUGUCCACUGGACCACCCAUGUCUUCAGUGAAAUGGAGGCGCACUUUGGACGCCACAUCGGGCGACAUCAUUUUUGAAGGUCCCUUCAACGACAAUGACGAUGAAGAGGCCCAUCACUUUGGAUCAGAGUUGAGCACCCUGACGGAACUAUGGCAUGUUGGUGCGAAACAAGCUCCCAGCUUCUUUGCGAGCGAUCGUGAGCUCAACUCCUUUGAGCCUGGAUGGGAUGGCAGCCCUGACAAUUGCCUCCCAAGCUCUUCCAAGACCUUCAUCACUGCCUAUGUCAACGAGCUUGCGGAGAAAGAAGACGACUUUGAAACGACACUUUCAGAGUCAGAUGAAGAGUUUGAUGACAUGUCGAAAGGCAUGCCUAGAAAAACCAGGAAAGAGCAAAAGGCUCAGGAGAAAGAACUUAGCUGGCGAGAAAUCAUGCAGCAGUCUGACGACUAUAUCCAAGCCUUCGUCGAAGCCACCAUCAAGGAGGCAAACAGCUUCACCACUUGGAAGUCCCUGCAGCCGAUUCCUGACGAUGAAGCUCGGCGCAUCCUGAAUGACCCGAAGUUGAAGAAGCGCAUCAUCACUUCCAGGGGAUGCUAUCGGGACAAGAACAAGAAUGUUCCACCGCUGAAGGCCAAGACCAGAAUAGUCUGUCGUGGCAACCAAGACCCUGACCUAGUCAACUUGACGAGACAGGCUCCAACUCCAACGAGGACUUCAGAGAUGUUGGUGUACAUCAUCUUUGUUUCUGGCGCCAAUUCAAAGGCUUUUGGAAGUCGAGAUGUUUGGCUUCUUUGGUGCGGAGACGCCUCCACUGCGUUUCUCCAAGGGGAUCCAGAUUGGUCAGAACGAGCAGGCAAGCUAUUGGAAGCAAUAGGCUUUAUUUGUCAUUCUUUUGACAAAAUGUUGUUUUGGUUCCCUGAUCCACACAACGCUCCUGCACCUUGCGCUUUGCUGAUCUGCUAUGUGGAUGAUUUUCUGCUCACUCACAACUCCAGCUUCCCCUUUGAGAAGUUCCAAGCCAGCUUCAAAUGGGGAUCCCAGCAGUAUGCGCAGCCCGGAGCACCUCUCACGUUCAAGGGCAAAGAGAUCCAUAUAUGUCAUGAUGAGAAGAACGAGCUCUAUGUCAAGAUCACUCAGACUACAUUCAUCAACAGUCUGGACAAGGGCAUGAAAAUUCCGAAAGGUAAGAUGAGUACGAAGAUCUCUGAUGAGCAUUGGCCUGAGUUUCGGUCAGUGAGCGGAUGUCUUCAAUGGUUGGCAGGACAAUGCAGGCUUGACUUAGCCAGCGCAGUUUCCUUGUCAAAUCGUGGGUCCGAGACGACCUAUGCUGAUCUGGAUGCCCUCAACCAGACAUUGGACUUUGCGAAGUCAACUGCAGAACUUGGCAUUUGCAUCCGGGCUGUCCCCAUUGAUCAGAGCGCUGUGAUUGUUGGGUACAGUGAUGCAUCCUGGGCGAACGCACAGGGAUCUGCCAGCCAACAUGGACAGAUCAUCAUGUUGACCUCUGCGAAUGUCACUGAGUGCACUUCAAUUGGAGCCAUUGCAGACUGGAAGACUGGCAGAAGCAAGAGAGUUUGCCGUUCUACUCUGGCAGCUGAAGCAGUGAGCGCUGACACUGCGACCGAUCGGCUUGCGUUUUUGAGCUACAUGAAGAGCACCGCCAUCUCCGAAGCCUUCCACGUGCUGAGCGAAGCAUCGCCCGAGGGAUCGUCGGUCAUCACCAUGGAGAGGUGGGUAGCCUUCUAUACUGCCUAUGGCCGGAUUUUCUUGAACUUCAUGUCCGACAAGGAUUUCGACUACAUCCGACAGCAGGCGCACCGGACCUUCCACGCCUUGGACGCGGAUGGCAAUGGCUACAUCGAGCAGCGCGAGUUCUGCAUGGUCGUGGAGGUGCUGUCCAACCCCGCAAUCUACAUUCCUAUGCGGCCAGCGCCCGCAGUAGCCAGUAGUUGGAUUGGGAAGCAACUGGUACACCUCUUCAUGCGUGGAGUCAGGUUGCGAGGAUCUCGCGUCUCAUGGCGCGCGAUUCUGGAUAUGGUGGUUUUGUUGGAGGUUUUGCUCGCCCUGGGGCAGACCAUCGUCUUUGUAUCGCCCAGUGAUGGUGGCAAGUUUCGGGAUUUUCCCUUGCGACCUCCCAGUCCGUGGUUCAAGUCCUUGAUGGCCACCAGCAUCUUCUUUGCUUUGGCCAUUCUUCUGGAGUCUUUGGUCAUCGGACCUGCCAGGUACUGGAAUCGCAUGCAGUACCGCCAUCGCUUCGACGUCCUCUCCAUCGCUCUGCUGAUGACGACACAGCUUUCUGCCGUGGCCUACAGCGGGCGCGCGCCGGAUUGCUUGGUGCGGACGGUCCUGGUGAUGCACAUCAGUCGCGGGAUUUGCCUCAUGCAGUAUAUUGCAGCCUUUCGCUAUUUGCUGGCCCUGCUGGGCCGACUGCUGCCAGUCUACUAUCGACUGGGAUUACUACUGCUGAUGGUGUUCUAUAUCUUUGCCACCAUUGGUGAGCAGAUCUUUGGUGGUCGAAUGCAACCAGAAGCGCUCAAGGGUAGUGGCUAUGCGGCGGCGCAGUAUUGGCCUCUGAAUUUCGAUGACUUUCCCUCAGGCUUGGUCACACUCUUCUGCAUCAUGGUCAUCAACAACUGGUUCGUCUUGGCCGCGGGCUUCAUGGAGGUCACUACUCCGUAUGCCGCUGCGUUCUUCGUCCUGUUCUUUGUGAUUGUCAACCUCAUCGUGCUGAACAUUCUCAUAGCUCUCAUAAUUGACACCUCUGCUGUGGUGCGAGAGGAAAUUGUGGAGGAUGAGCAAGUGGAUGAGGAGGCCGAAGAUUUGGACGAUGCAGAGGAAGAGAAGGCCUUCUACCAAGAAGGUCGGGAGGCUUUGCUGCAGCGAUUGCUGCUGAACGAGGAACAUCGCUCAACGUCAUUCAACCUCAACGUUCUCAGCAAAGGAUCUGUGCCCCUGCAGAAAGUCGUGGAGAGUGAUAGUUACACCACCUCUGACAGCACAUCGGACUCAUCGCUUCGUGCGUAG